AUGUAUUAUUUGGCAGGUUCAGUGUGGAGUCAGUUCUUCGACUGCCACGAUGACCCCAGCUACGACCCUGACGAAGGUCAGGUCACAGAGCUGCAAUACUCCUGGUUAGGCGCCUUGCAGUAUAUACAUGUCAAGAAUGGGACCCCCCACUACUUCAGGGUGCCACGAGUGGUGUUAAUUAGUCGUCAGUUCGUGUUGAGCACGGCAGUGGACGCUGCCGUAAUUCCUCAUGGAUAUGCUUUAGGAAACGUGAUCUUCGGCGACUACGAGCGAGACGAAGUGGAAUGCGAGACCACAGUCCUAGCUCUGGCCAACAUGAAGGCGGAGUGCGAACCAGCCAUCCUGGUGAUGCCAAUAGCUGACGUGCUGAUCCAUCCGGAGUUUAAGCACUUCGGGGCGAGGAGCAGCGUGGCUUUGCUGAAGCUUAUCACCACCGUCAAGUCCAAAUUCGUGUUGCCGGUGUGCCUGCCCUUCAGGAACUUCCUCGAGCGCAGCAAUGGCAAGAUGAUGGUGGAAAGGCUUUACCACAUUGACUUUGACAGUGAAGUGCCCCGAGAUUUUGUAGAGGAAGAAAAGGAAGUUACCAAGAUCAGCCUGCUGCCACGAGAGCUCUGCUACAUAUACGACUUGCCAGAAAACAACACGCGACUGAAGAAGGAACGCAUUGCCUGCACGACUGGCUGCGGGUUCCGUUCUGGCGCCCCGAGCCUGGUUCACGAGCACACUGGACAUUGGACCGUUGUCUCUCUCGCACAUGGCGGAACACCUUGCCCCGAUCCGCUGCGGUCCCACCGGCCUCCAGCACCCCCUCGCCACACAGUGCUCUACCCUUACGUUCCCUGGAUAACAGCCGCCAUUACUGGCAAACCCCUGGGCGCUUUCUCCAAAGAUGAUCCAUUCGGGUUCGUGAUGCCCCGCGCGUCCCCCUACGACCAAGUUGGUCACGCCUGGGUGGGCCAUUGGUGGAUGGGUGGCGUGCGAUGUUAUGACAGAGGAGAUGCUGCUUUAGACAUCUUCAGGUUUUAUCACGAGAUCUUCAGUGUGAAGCCUGUUGCGCUGUCCAGGCUCAACUAUCAUUUAGAGAUCGUGUCACCCAGAGAAGCUAUCAUUAUCUGCGUGAAGGUUGGCAUGCCGUACCAGAUCGGUCAUCCCAGGGUGUACGAUUUAGACUCCCCUGAGAUUUCGGUGGACAUCCCCAUGCUGCAGUUCAGUUCACAGUACAGCUUCGAAGUGGAGGCCUGGGGCUACAAUCACACCGAGUCCGUGUCUUCCGACAGCUUCAAACCUGACGAUUCCGAUUACCAUGACUAG